AUGUAUAUCUAUUCGUCUUUGUUUCUGUCUAUCUUAUUUCCUACUCGGUUUUCUCCUCUUCUUCUCAUCCAUCUAUCACCCUAUUUUCCUUUCUUUUCUUUUUAUCUGAUGUCGUCAUUUACUUUCAUUCUCUCUCUUACACUUUUCUUCUCUUUCUCUUCCUCUUCUUCUAAUCCAUCUAUCUCUCUAUUUUCCUUUCUUUUCUUUUUAUCUGAUGUCGUCAUUUACUUUCAUUCUGUCUCUUACACUUUUCUUCUCUUUCUCUUCUUCUCAUCCAUCUAUCUUUCCUUUCUCUCAUUUUUCUUUUCUUCUUUCUUUUUUUUUACUUCCGUCGCCUAUUGCCUACAUUCUGUCUCUUUUUCUAUAUUUUUCAUUGAUCCUUUUCGAGCUUUUUUUCUUUUUUACUUCAAAGAAUCUACUUUUUUUAUUUCUUUCUUCGAAUCUUUCUUUCUUUCUUUCUUUUCUCCUUCUAUUCUCGUUCCUUCCCUCUCUCUCACUCUCCUCUCCCUCCGUGUUUUUCAUUUUCUAUUUUACCAUUUGUAA